AUGAAAAUAGCGAUGAAUAUGAAUCAACCUCCUCUUUUAUCACACCAAGAGCUCAAGAGAAAUGCAACAAUACAUAAAUUGAAGGAGAGCACCAAACGAUUACUGGGUAUUUUAGAUCAAAUCCAGUCGAAAACAAAUAGGAAGAUUGCUAUAACUGAUAACAAGUUGCCCGACGAUGACCCUCAAAGUGAAGAUGAUGACUGUUCCAUUUAUAAGAAACUAACGCGCAAAUGUCAAUGCUUGAAUGUUAAGGAAUAUAAUGAUUUUGUCAUACAUUUUAAUGAGAGCACCAAGUAUACCACGAAUAACAUCGGGGAAAUCGUAAAAAAUAUGCGCAUUUUAAAAAAGUUCUUGUAUAUGGGCAGUGACUACACAAAAAAUGCAUUAAUGUUUCUUAACGAGGGAUUAACGGACUGCAAAUUUAAGGAAAAAAUUGAAAUAAUUCAAGGAUGUACCCAUGCUGAUAUCUGUAAUAUAUUUGACGAAUACUCCAUAGUUACAGUGUGCAUAGCCUGGCCCUGUAAGGUCGAAUAUUAUGGCGAUUCUAUAACGCAGGCAUGGGCAGCGAGCUUAUUACAUAAAUUAGCAGAUUUAGAAGAAGGUAGGAGGUACUUGAAUUUAAAUUCAAAAAUAACGAACGAUAUCAAGAAAGUGGUUCGAAAAAGAAUUUCACAAUUAGAAGCGGAUACCGUAGACACUUUGAAUGAAGUGUUGAAUUUGUUAAGACCAUUGUUUAUCAAGAACCCAAAUGUUACUUAUAUCAGCAAGUCUGCCCACGAAGGUAAUACCAGGUUUACUAACCGAGCCCAAAAUACACAAAUUAUAAGUCCGUAUAGAUAUGGAAUUCCAAUGAUUUACCAGACUGAAGUCAAGUAUAGGAGAUCGAUAAAACCAACUUACACUGCUUGUAUUGGGACAAGAACUAUAAAAGACUUAGUAGAAUAUCGUGAGCACAUGACGAUUGAUGAAAUUUUUAUGCAUUUAGACAUAUUGCGUAAUUUUAGUCAAAUAGAAUUUGGCAAAGAGGAACUUACAUUUAAUUUGCCAGCAUUAUUGCUGCUAUUCAAAGACUUAUUGCGAGAAUAUGAUAAUAGUGAAAUGAAUAUAUUGAUUAUGAAUAUGUUAAAUAACAUAAUGACGAAACAUAUUAAAAAUAAUGAGGAAAAUAAAUCUAAAGGUUUAAGAGCUGUUUCUAAUGCUUUAACAGAGCCCAUUAAGAGGAAGACUGAAGGUUGUCAGAUGCCUCCAAAGAAGAAUACUAAGAAAUCAAAUAAAAGUAAAGGAAUGGGAGUUUCACCCAUAAAAUAUUUACAAAAAAGUAAAUUAAAUCAAGCCAUUUGUAAAGAUUUGAGAGCUUCUAUCAUAAUAGUGCCAAUUGAAAAAUAA